AUGAAAAUUCCGGCCUUCAUAAGAGCUUUUAAGCGUUUUGCAGCGCGAAGAGGUUUUCCUGAUCUUAUUAUCUCCGAUAAUUUUAAGACCUUUAUAUCUAAGGAAUUUAAAAAAUUUAUGAUGAAAAAUGAUGUGCAACAGAAGUUUAUUCUACCAGCUUCCCCCUGGUGGGGCGGUUUCUACGAACGUUUAGUUAGAUCUGUAAAAAUUACAAUGAAGAAAACAAUUGGUAAGUCUCUUUUAUCUUACGAAGAACUCGAAACGAUUUUAUGUGAAAUUGAAUCUGUGAUAAACAGUCGUCCAUUAUUUUACAUGAGCGAGGAUGACACUGAAGAAGCAUUAACACCAUACCAUUUAAUGUAUGGACGAAAUAUUGUUAAUAAAAUGAAUGGAAUUAGUCUACUACCUAAUGAUAUUUCGAAAAGAGCUAUAUUUAUAAAAACAACGAUAUUUAACUUUUGGAGAAGGUUUGCAACUUCUUAUCUUAAUGAACUUAAACAACACCAUUUAUACGUAAAAAGUAAAACUUCAUACAACGAACAGCUAGUAUUAAACGAUGUAGUUCUUAUACGAGAUGAUAUCAAGAUCCCUAGAAUUCAGUGGCGUAUGGGAAAAGUUUUGGAACUUAUUAGAGGAGCUGAUGGAAAAGUACGAGGUGCGCGUUUACAAGUUUUAUCCAAAGAAGGAAUUAGAACAACAUGUUUCCGACCUAUUCAAAAAUUAAUACCUUUUGAAAUUACCAACAAAUUAAAUGAAACUGAACUAGGUGUGAUUGCUACUGAUGAAACGUGCAGGUCAAUUUGUAAGCGGCCGAUCAGACAGGCAGCGAGCGCAGGCGAAAAUUUGCGGCGUUUAAAAGAGUUAUAUUAUUAG